ACGUCACGGUUUGCCUCCUGUCGCGUCCCUGUUCAACCCCAAGGAGUGAUCUGUUGUCGUGGGCUGGUGCGCGACUGUGUCUGAUAGCGUGCGUGUGCGAGGGGGUGCAUCACUACGGUACAACUUCGUGGGGGGACUAGACACUUCAAUAAAAAUGGCUGCCGCUACAACCGACAGCGCUGAACAAGAUGCCCCAUCGCCAAGCAGCGAAAGCGGGGCACUGCUCUCAGGAGAGGCCGAGGAGAAGACGCAGGGCCUGCAGGCUCCGAAAGAGGAGCCGGUUGACAGCGAGGCGAUAAAAAUGGAAGAAGCGGACGGCGAGCAGCGCGAAGGGGAAGGGGACGUCAAGCCUCCCGUUGUGCCCGAAAUAACCGAAGCGGCAGCGGCGGUGGGUUCGACGGGAGAGGAUGAGGAGGAGGAAGAGGACAUGGGCUGCGAGCUCACCGGAGCCGGGGAGAGCCCGGAGCAGCGCAGCCCGGAAAGCUGCAGCGACACCGGGGACGGCGCGGAGAAGGAGCUGAAGCAGGAACAAAGGGAGGAAAACGAGUCCUCAUCCAGCGAAAGCAGUAAACCGGGCAAAGGAGACGAUGGCACGGAGAAGAACGGCACCAGCAGCAAACGGCGAGCCAGCGUGGAAAUGUCUUCUUCGGACGGGGAGCCUCUGAGCCGCAUGGACUCGGAAGACAGCAUCAGCAGCACCCUGAUGGACAUGGAGAGCACGGCGUCCAGCGGCCGCUCCACCCCCGCCAUGAUGAAUGGCCAGGGCAGCGCCACGCCCUCCUCCGCUAAGAGCAUAGGCUACACCUGCUGCUGGGACCAGUGCCACAUCUGCUUCAGCUCCAGCCCGGACCUGGCCGAGCACAUCCGCGGUCUGCACGUGGACGGCCAGCGCGGCGGGGUGUUUGUGUGUCUGUGGAAAGGCUGUAAGGUGUACAACACUCCCUCCACCAGCCAGAGCUGGCUCCAGAGGCACAUGCUGACGCACAGCGGGGACAAGCCCUUCAAGUGUGUUGUGGGCGGCUGCAAUGCCAGCUUCGCCUCCCAGGGGGGGCUGGCCCGCCACGUGCCCACCCACUUCAGCCAGCAGAACUCGUCCAAGCCGUCCAAUCAGCCCAAGGUGAAGGAGGAGUCUCCCUCCAAGGCCGGCCUCAACAAGAGGAGGAAACUCAAGAACAAGCGCCGGAGGUCCUUACCGCGGCCGCACGACUUCUUCGACGCCCAGACCAUGGAUGCCAUCCGGCACCGAGCCAUCUGCCUGAACCUGGCCACACACAUGGAGAGCCUGGGUCACGGUCACAGUGUGGUGUUCCACAGCACGGUAAUAGCGAGGAGAAAGGAGGAUUCUGGGAAGGUCAAGGUCCUCCUGCACUGGACUCCCGAGGACAUAUUGCCGGACGUCUGGGUGAACGAGACGGACCGGCCGCAGCUGAAGACCAAAGUGGUGCACCUGUCCCAGCUGCCACAGGACACCGCCGUCUUGUUAGACCCCAAUAUAUACCGAACCCUGCCACAGAAGCGGCUGAAACGGAGGAUGUUUCUCUAGACUCAAUGGAAGCUUCUGUGUCAUCACCUGCUGCCGUUCCUGGAGUUACCGAGAGGAGCGUUAACCGACUGGAACUAUGGACACCAGAGAAGAGCUUUCUUU